AUGCCGCCCAGAGACAAGCCCGACCACCGCCUCGGUCCGGCCAUCAGCGGCCACUUACGACCAAGCCCCAGCGCCGGCAUUUCUCACCGAUUUACGUGGCGCCGGCCCAGACUAGCCUGGGCCGCCCGGCCCGUCUCUACGAUGAAGGCGCGCGACCGCCAGAACCAGGUGUGGUCUGCUCCCGCCACAGCGCCCAACAGCGGCGGCCCCGAUGACGGUCCGGUGCAUGAUAUGCACCAAGAUCUUGAGCGUGCACAUCGUGAACGCCUGCCCGGGGCACGAAUUAUGAUUGCGCGGCCGCGCAGCGUCCAGCACAUAGACCCAGACCACGCCUGGCUCCAGCCGGCCGAGUUUAUCAGUCAGUCCAGCGAUGGGAGCAGCAUACUAGGCGUUUUGCAGCGCCUCGAGGAUGUCUGUUUCAAUUUCCACGUGCCCUUCCUCUCCAUGCCGUCGGCCCCCGGGUCGAAGAUCUAUGAGCUGCGGGCGGUCUUGUCAUACAAUCCUGCAAGCGAUGAGUGCGAAUUCUUCUGCAAUUCACACGACGUGUGCUUGGUAGGGGAGAGCGCCAAUCAAAGUCAUUUGUUGAAACAGGGACAGAUACAAGAUAUCGAACCUGGCAUGUGGACUAUUGUCGUGCCCUCGAUCCCGACGCCUGGUGGGAAUGGCCUCGGCCGUUGGUGGCCGGUUGUGAAAUUCUUGUUGUUGAAGCGCACGUUUGCAAGUACUGUGACGCGUCCAACAGCAUCAGAAAGCGAUGGAACGGCAACAUCGUCGACUACGGAUGAUUACAUGGUGAACAUGGCCUUAAGAACCAAGCGCUCCGCGGAAACAGUUGCAGAGUUUGUCAUGGGAACUGUUGAGUCGUCCGAAUCUGACAAGACACUGCCAAACAUCUCGAAAAAUGAGAUCCUUGAGCCCGAUACGGGCCCAUUCUAUCAGCUUCGAGACGAAGAGACCCUGCAAGUCACGACGAAACCAGCCGGAGGCGAUGAUGCAAAAAUUGAGCAGCGUUAUGCCAGAACAGCAGAGUCAUAUCGAGUCAAACGUCUGGAAAGGAUUGAUCGAAAUACACGGUCGAGCGUUUUUGUUUGCACACAUAGCAAGCUCCCACACACGACCCUCGUCGCGAAAGCUCUCAAUGUCGGACCAAGCAUUCGCAGCUCGAUUGCGUCCCUGGCCAACCAUUGGGCCAACGAAAUGGAAAUACUGAGGACGUUGGACCACAAAAAUAUUGUGAAAAUCUUCAUGUGGGAUGCGCGGGUCUAUACCGUGUACUUGGAGCACCUACCCGACUCUCUAGCAUCUUAUCCGAAAGGAUACUUUACCAGCAAGGAUGCCGAAAGAAUACUGCUCGAUGUCGCCUCCGCACUAGCCUAUCUCGAAGAGGAGAAAAUCUGCCACAACGACAUCAAGCCGCGCAACAUUGCUUACUCGCCUGAACGCGGCGCCGUGGUGCUCGACUUUGGGCUGGCCACCCGCGGCCGCUGGGUGCCGCCAAACGCCGGCGGCACGGCGUGGUACCUGCCCCCCGAGAUUGUCGAAAACGGCCCCCGGUCCUCGCCGAGCAGUGUAUGGGCGCUGGGAAUCACGAUGCUCUACGUGCUGGGCAAGAUUGGCGCGCCAGAGGAGUUUGGCCGCGCGUGGGCGUUUCACAACAUGCAGGACCCCAAUGGACCCGAUCGUCGUGCCAUGGAAGGAUGGCUGGACUAUAUAUUAUUCGACGUAGUGGCCGAGCUGGACAUGGGAGACCCGAUGCAGCACGUAAUUUCGUGCAUGAUGGAACAGCAGCCAAAUGAUCGUCCCUCAGCUCAUCAGAUCGAGCCACUGCUGAAAGGGGAGCAGGAACGGACGGCAAGACUAAGUGUUUGA